AUGUGGGCAUUGCCAGGGGGAUGGCAACAUGCGCGCAUUGCCAGGGGGGAUGGGCGAGAGGCUGGACAUGGAGGGGAGAGAGCAGCGAGCAGCCGCAGCGCCAGUUUAGGAGAGGAGUGGUGGGGAGAGAAAGGGGAGAGAGGUGGGAAAGAGGGAGCAGCAGCAGCAGCAGCAGCGGCGGCGGCAGCAGCAGAAGCAGCAGCAGCAGAAGCAGCAGCAGCAGCAGCAGCAGCAGCAGCAGCAGCAGCAGCAGCAGCAGCAGCAGCAGCAGCAGCAGCAGCAGCAGCAGCAGCAGCAGCAGCAGCAGCAGCAGCAGCAGCAGCAGCAGCAGCAGCAGCAGCAGCAGCAGAAGCAGCAGAAGCAGCAGCAGCAGCAGCAGAAGCAGCAGCAGCAGCAGCAGCAGCAGCAGCAGCAGCAGCAGCAGCAGCAGCAGCAGCAACAGCAGCAGCAGCAGCAGCAGCAGCAGCAGCAGCAGCAGCAGCAGCAGCAGCAGCAGCAGCAGCAGCAGCAGCAGCAGCAGCAGCAGCAGCAGCAGCAGCAGCAACAGCAGAAGCAGCAGCAGCAGCAGCAGCAGCAGCAGCAGCAGCAGCAGCAGCAGCAGCAGCAGCAGCAGCAGCAGCAGCAGCAGCAGCAGCAGCAGCAGCAGCAGCAGCAGCAGCAGCAGCAGCAGCAGCAGCAGCAACAGCAGCAGCAGCAGCAGCAGCAGCAGCAGGGGCAGCAGCAGCAGCAGCAGCAGCAGCAGAAGCAGAAGCAGCAGCAGAAGCAGAAGCAGCAGCAGCAGCAGCAGCAGCAGCAGCAGCAGCAGCAGCAGCAGCAGCAGCAGCAGCAGCAGCAGCAGCAGCAGCAGCAGCAGCAGCAGCAGCAGCAGCAGCAGCAGCACGAGGCACUGCCUCCAGCAGCCUUGGGAUCCUGGCGCUGAACAAGGCGAGCGCGAGAGUGCGGUGUGCCACGGGCACCAGGCGCGGGACCAGCAGCCCGCUGUGGGGCGCGCCAAGGGAGGCCGGCGGAAGCCCCUUCUCUGCCAGCUUCCGCCUGCGCGCCGCGUCCCCCUUCAUCCUCUCCACAGCCUGCCCAAACCUCCGCCUCUUCUGCAAUGGCGUCUCCCCCAGCGCCCCCUCCGCCUCCGCUUCCGCCUCCGCGUUCCCCUCGUCGUCCGCCCAUCUCCGCCCCACGCGCACGCGCAGGGCUUCCGCUUUAGACCCCCCAAUGCGCACCCACCCUUGCGCCUCCCCCUGCGCGUCUCGCCUGUCGCGCCCGCGCUCAUUCCGCGAUCCCUCUGCUAACUCCUCUGUUCCCCUCACCUCCCGACUUUCCCCUCCCUGCAAUCCGGCCCCCCUUGGUCCGCGCUUUUCCCCACCCCCUUGCUGCGCGGUCCUCGGUGCGUGGCUUCCGCCCGCUCCGCUUUCCGCUGAUACCGCGCCGCGUUUAACCCUCCUGCUAGUGACUGUGAUGCUUCCAAUAGGAGGAAAUGGAUUCUCGCCGCCAGAAUUUCGGAGAGAGCAAGCAGGGGGGAAUCUGGCGGAGCUACGCGCAGGGCUGCAUGUAGAGCCGGGUGCGAUCCUUGCACCGUUGCGAGCCAGAUUGUUGCGGAUUCGCCUCGGCGCUCCCCGCCCUCGUUUUCUUGUGCGCGCCGUAGGUUCGGCGCGUGAAAACAGCCCGCCGUCGCUCCCCUUUCCCCGCGGAUUCGCCCCUGGGUUCCCCACCCUCCUGCUCCCGUGGACGCCGCAGGUAAGGCGUAUUGCACUCGUGCUACAAUUCCGCUCCCUCUCAUGCUCCCAUUCCGCUCCCUCUCAUGCUCCCAUUCCGCUCCCUCUCAUGCUCCCAUUCCGCUCCCUCUCAUGCUCCCAUUCCGCUCCCUCUCAUGCUCCCAUUCCGCUCCCUCUCAUGCUCCCAUUCCGCUCCCUCUCAUGCUCCCAUUCCGCUCCCUCUCAUGCUCCCAUUCCGCUCCCUCUCAUGCUCCCAUUCCGCUCCCUCUCAUGCUCCCAUUCCGCUCCCUCUCAUGCUCCCAUUCCGCUCCCUCUCAUGUUCCCAUUCCGCUCCCUCUCAUGUUCCCAUUCCGCUCCCUCUCAUGCUCCCAUUCCGCUCCCUCUCAUGCUCCCGUUCCUCUCUCCCUCGUGCUCCCAUUCCGCUCUCCCUCGUGCUCGCAUUCCACUCCCUUCCGCCCAACCUGUUGACUGUCAUGGGUUCGCAUUCGCACGGCGUGGCUGUGCAGAGCCUCGUGCUCGCUGCACUGGCUGCUCUCAUGCUCUCAGGACUGCUGCCAUACGCCUGCCACCUGCAAGCACCGUCGCCGACCAGGAACUGUGGCACCAAUGCGGUGUUGAAGGACAGGGGAGACGCCAGCUGCGUCUGCAGCGAGCCUGGUCCGAGAGUGUCGAGGCUUGGAAAUCUGAGCAGCCCUUUCCCAUAUCUACCCAUUCUCAGUCUUCUCUCAUUCGCUCAAUCCCCGUUGCAAGCCCAACUCCCUACCCUCUGGUCUCAUGCGAGCUCAAGGUGUGUGGCGUCAACGGCAAGUGCGUCAAGGACAGCUUUAGAGUGGCAUUCCGCUCUCUCCCAUACUCCCAUUCGCUCUCUCCCAUACUCCCAUUCGCUCUCUCCCAUACUCCCAUUCGCUCUCUCCCAUACUCCCAUUCGCUCUCUCCCAUACUCCCAUUCCGCUCUCUCCCAUACUCCCAUUCGCUCUCUCCCAUACUCCCAUUCCGCUCUCUCCCAUACUCCCAUUCGCUCUCUCCCAUACUCCCAUUCCGCUCUCUCCCAUACUCCCAUUCCGCUCUCUCCCAUACUCCCAUUCGCUCUCUCCCAUACUCCCAUUCGCUCUCUCCCAUACUCCCAUUCCGCUCUCUCCCAUACUCCCAUUCCGCUCUCUCCCAUACUCCUAUUCGCUCUCUCCCAUACUCCCAUUCGCUCUCUCCCAUACUCCCAUUCCGCUCUCUCCCAUACUCCCAUUCCGCUCUCUCCCAUACUCCCAUUCCGCUCUCUCCCAUGCUCCCAUACCACUCUCUCUCGUGCUCCCAUUCCCUUCCCAGCCAGAGUUCUUCCCCGUGA